UCUCCAUAUCAUCGCAUCAUGUGGUGCAGCAGAUGGUCACCCCAAAUAGACCUGAGCGGCCUCUGAUCUCCGCUCCAUGCCGAGACUGACAUCGCCGAAGAACAGGGUCAGGACUGGUGAUAUUCCAUCAGGGCAGACUGGAGAUCACAGGAAGACAUCAAAAUGAGCGAGGACGAUUCAGGAGCGAAGAACUCCUGUGUGCUUCAUUCCCAAACAUAUAUGUAGCCUGGGAGCUCCAAUGCAGAUAACCCGGGACCCGGAUCGGCUACUGAGCAGAGGGAAUACCACGCCUCUGAGCUCCUUUCUUCACAGGAUCACUGUGCAAAUAUAUCUUCGCGAGGUUCUGCGCCGACUGGAUGGUACUUUCCUUCGCCCGUCCCAUUCCAUUCAGCCGUACUGAACAGACGGUCCCCCGGUGGUAUCAAAAGAGCUGCUGGCUUCUGGCGUGUUCGACGAAGUCCGAGGAUCGAUGUUUCGCGAAUCAGUACAUUACGCAUGGAAUCUUCGGACAAAUCUCAUUUGUCGGCCAUAUUUUGUGCCCGGUGUGUAUUCCGAUCCCAAAGCCUCUGAAUGAGGCAUAAGUACCUUGUUGAAAUGUCAAGGGUUUUUGCGGCGGGUUAGGGCAAUUCUGUGAGUGCAGUUUCUAACUGGAGAAUGGAAUAGCGACCUCCAGACCGUGUGUCCGCACUUCCCCGAGCAGUGGCCCAUAACAUAAGAAUGGCUGAUCGCCGUCUUCCUUAGACUGCUCUGAGCUGUAGGGACAGUGUGAAGGAGCCAUCGCGUUUUCAAUUUUUUGAACGCGCGGGCCGGUUGCCGAGCCAUGAGCCGCUUUCACGUGCCUAGUGUGCGUGACUGGCAUAUGCAGUCACGCGGUUGUGUUGAUGAGUUCGCGCCUCCCUCAGGCGCAUUUAA